GGAGAAGACAGCGGAGUUGCAGAAGACAUGAGCCAUGAUACAGAUAAAGGGAAGAAAACCCUGCAGGUUCAGUUUGUACCCGAUGAAGAUGUUUUGGAGCACAUCAUUGAUAAACAAGAAGGAGGAAGGCUAAGGAGCAGCACUAUACAGAAAAUCGCAAAUGCAAAAAGCUUGACUAAGAAUGUCAGCGAGCUGUAUACCGAGAGUGGGGAUGUGGAAAUGUGGAAGGAAAAGGACUAUGUGAAUGUGUUAGGAGUAAAUUCUGAAGAUAAUUUGGAAAAUGGCCCUGUGACUGGAGGAGGUGAUGUCUACGUUUUCCAGACUACUAAACGCUCAAACAAGAUGGCUCAGCUCGCCUCUGAGAUGGCCAGAACUCCUGGGAAAACCGUCACCUUUUCAACAGGAGAUAGUCCUGAGGAAGCUGUCAGCCCACCCCCAAACAACAAGAAGCAAUCCGCAGCAACUAAAACUCCUUCUAAGGGAAGAAAAAAUGAAUUUAUCUCCACCACCCCUCACAGGCUAAGAAAAAGACUGUCAGCGCCAACUUUAAGGUCGGAGAGUGAGAGUGAUUAUUCAGCCUCUAAUUCUGAUGAAGAGAUGGAAGAAAAGCCAGCCACUGCCAAAACACCAAGUAAAGGAUCACAAACGCCAAACAAAGGGUCUCAGACUCCUGGGAAAACACCAUCAAAAAAAGGAAAGAAAAAAAACAAUUUGGUGGAAGAGUACUUUGAAGCUCACAGCAGUUCUAAGGUCCUCACUUCCGACAGAACAUUGCAAAAGCUCCAGACUCCAAAGCUAGACCAGGAAACACUACGGAAACUUUUGGAGCAGACUUCGACUACCUUUGCUGAUGAUCUUCACUAUUUGAACAAAAAAUAUGAAGUCUUAUUCUACAAGUGGAUGUUACAGCUGCACCUUGGAUUCAACAUCAUUCUGUUUGGUCUGGGCUCCAAGAGGAACCUCCUAGAGAAGUUUAGAACAUCCAUGCUACAGGAUUCUGUUCACAUUGUCAUCAAUGGAUUUUUUCCAGGCAUUACAAUAAAAUCGAUUUUAAACUCUAUAACAGAAGAGGCUUUAGGUCAUUCUGGGACUUUUCGCAGCCCCUUGGAUCAAAUGGACUUCAUUAUACAGAAGUUCAGGGAAGAUAGUUCCCUGGUGCUUUAUCUUCUCAUUCAUAAUUUGGACAGUCAUAUGUUAAGAGGAGACAAAUGUCAACAGGUCCUCGGACAACUGGCUUCUAUCUCCAACAUUCACCUUCUUGCUUCUAUUGAUCAUAUUAAUGCUCCUCUGAUGUGGGAUCAGACAAAGCAAAGCUUGUAUAAUUGGCUGUGGUAUGAGACUACAACAUAUAGCUCCUAUGUGGAAGAAACAUCCUAUGAGAACUCAUUGCUGGUUCAACGUUCUGGAGCUCUGGCCCUCAGCUCCCUUACUCAUGUGCUGCGCAGUCUCACUCCGAAUGCCAGAGGGAUUUUUCGGUUGCUGGCAGAGUACCAGUUGGCCAACAAAGACAACCCUUCAUAUCAAGGUCUCUCAUUUCAAGACUUCUAUCAGCAAUGUAGAGAAGCAUUUCUUGUCAACAGUGACUUAACGUUAAGGGCUCAGCUGACUGAGUUCAGAGACCACAAACUGAUACGCACAAAAAAGGGUGCGGAUGGAGUUGAAUAUCUGAUCAUCCCACUAGACUUGGGAACUUUGACAGACUUUUUAGAAAUGGAAGACAAGGAAGGCUGAAGAUUGCUC